AGGUCCACCUCCACCUGGUCAAUCACACUAGUCUAACCCUACCCAUGGUGAGGUUCACCUCCACCUGGUCAAUCACACUAGUCUAACCCUACCCAUGGUGAGGUUCACCUCCACCAGGUCAAUCACAAUAGUCUAACCUUACCCAUGGUGAGGUCCACCUCCACCAGGUCAAUCACAAUAGUCUAACCUUACCCAUGGUGAGGUCCACCUCCACCUGGUCAAUCACACUAGUCUAACCCUACCCAUGGUGAGGUUCACCUCCACCUGGUCAAUCACACUAGUCUAACCCUACCCAUGGUGAGGUUCACCUCCACCAAGUCAAUCACAAUAGUCUAACCUAUGGUGAGGUCCACCUCCACCUGGUCAAUUACAAUAGUCUAACCUUACCCAUGGUGAGGUCUACCUCCACCAAGUCAAUCACAAUAGUCUAACCUUACCCAUGAUGAGGUCCACCUCCACCAGGUCAAUCACAAUAGUCUAACCUUACCCAUGGUGAGGUCUACCUCCACCUGGUCAAUCACAAUAGUCUAACUUUACCCAUGGUGAGGUCCACCUCCACCAGGUCAAUCACAGUAGUCUUACCCAUGGUGAGGUCCACCUCCACCAGGUCAAUCACAAUAGUCUAACCUUACCCAUGGUGAGGUCCACCUCCACCAGGUCAAUCACAAUAGUCUAACCUUACCCAUGGUGAGGUCCACCUCCACCUGGUCAAUCACAAUAGUCUAACCUUACCCAUGGUGAGGUCUACCUCCACCAAGUCAAUCACAAUAGUCUAACCUUACCCAUGGUGAGGUCCACCUCCACCUGGUCAAUCACAAUAGUCUAACCCUACCCAUGGUGAGGUCCACCUCCACCAGGUCAAUCACAAUAGUCUAACCUUACCCAUGGCGAGGUCCACCUCCACCAGGUCAAUCACAAUAGUCUAACUUUACCCAUGGUGAGGUCCACCUCCACCAGGUCAAUCACAAUAGUCUAACCUUACCCAUGGUGAGGUCCACCUCCACCUGGUCAAUCACAAUAGUCUAACCUUACCCAUGGUGAGGUCCACCUCCACCUGGUCAAUCACAAUAGUCUAACCCUACCCAUGGUGAGGUCCACCUCCACCAGGUCAAUCACAAUAGUCUAACCUUACCCAUGGCGAGGUCCACCUCCACCAGGUCAAUCACAAUAGUCUAACUUUACCCAUGGUGAGGUCCACCUCCACCAGGUCAAUCACAAUAGUCUAACCUUACCCAUGGUGAGGUCCACCUCCACCUGGUCAAUCACAAUAGUCUAACCUUACCCAUGGUGAGGUCCACCUCCACCAGGUCAAUCACAAUAGUCUAACCCAUGGUGAGGUCCACCUCCACCAGGUCAAUCACAAUAGUCUAACCCAUGGUGAGGUCCACCUCCACCAAGUCAAUCACAAUAGUCUAACCUUACCCAUGAUGAGGUCCACCUCCACCAGGUCAAUCACAAUAGUCUAACCUUACCCAUGGUAAGGUCUACCUCCACCUGGUCAAUCACAAUAGUCUAACUUUACCCAUGGUGAGGUCCACCUCCACCAGGUCAAUCACAAUAGUCUAACCCAUGGUGAGGUCCACCUCCACCUGGUCAAUCACAAUAGUCUAACCCAUGGUGAGGUCCACCUCCACCAGGUCAAUCACAAUAGUCUAACCCAUGGUGAGGUCCACCUCCACCAGGUCAAUCACAAUAGUCUAACCUUACCCAUGGCGAGGUCCACCUCCACCAGGUCAAUCACAAUAGUCUAACCUUACCCAUGGUGAGGUCCACCUCCACCAGGUCAAUCACAAUAGUCUAACCCUACCCAUGGUGAGGUCCACCUCCACCAGGUCAAUCACAAUAGUCUAACCCAUGGUGAGGUCCACCUCCACCUGGUCAAUCACAAUAGUCUAACCCUACCCAUGGUGAGGUCCACCUCCACCAGGUCAAUCACAAUAGUCUAACCUUACCCAUGGUGAGGUCCACCUCCACCAGGUCAAUCACAAUAGUCUAACUUUACCCAUGGUGAGGUCCACGAUAGUCUACAUAUGUGCUGGGUUGUGUUCAUUGGGCACAAAAUGGAAGAAAACACUCUGAAACAGGGAAGUGCUAUCGGAACUGACUGUGCAAUCCCUGACCAUGUGUGUGUGUGCGGUAUUUUGUUCAGUCUCUCUCUCAGCAGAGGCUUCUCACCUGGCUGUCAGUGGUGGAGUACGUGGAGGUGUUCCUGGAGAUGGGGGCCACCAAGCUGUGUGGGGAGGGAGGUCGCUGGCUGGUCAUAGUGCUCAUCCAGGUCACUAAAGCCGUCUUGCGCUUCCUACUGCUCUUCUGGUACAAAUCUGGCAUGCAGACUUCCCCUCCUAUUACCCCACUGGACAGGGAGGCACAGGGAGGCAACGAUGAGGACCAUGAUGACCACCAGGAUGACAGCUCCUUCGUGGGCCAGCGGUCAGGGAGGGUGAUGAGGCCGUUGGGCAAUGCUCCCUCUCUGCAGGCCCGUCUGUGGGCAGCCCCCAGUAGGGAGAAGAGGUGUAAUGUGGAGGAGGAUCUGACCUCUAGUCCCACUGCCCUGGGGGUCCAGGAGACCAUAGCAGAGUCCAUGUACAUCGGACGCCCGCUGGUACACUUGCUCUGCCUGGGAAUGUGUGGGAGAGGCUCCUGGAAACCGUGGCUCGUAUCUGGAGCCAUGGAAAUGACCAGUUUUGGUUUGAUGAGUGACACUAAGUCUCUGAACCGGCGGGAGAGGGCGGAGGUGAGGAGGAGGGCCUUUCUGCUUCUGUACUACCUGCUCCGCUCCCCUUUCUACAACACAUUCUCUGAGACAAAGAUCCUGUUCCUACUCCGAUUUCUGUCAGACAACGUUCCCGGCGUCGGGCUGGUUGCUCGACCUCUAAUGGAUUACCUACCUGUCUGGCAGAAGAUCUACUUCUAUAACUGGGGCUGAGGGCAAGAGGUGGUUGAAGGUCACCUGGCCAGCUGGAUAGGGAUCGACACUAAAGAGGGAGACCCUCAGUAAAAUACAGAGACAGAGACACACAGGGACUCAAGUCCCCCACAGACUCACUGGAAAACCUGCGCUGGUUAAUCUGCUCCAUUUCAACUGGGACCCUCAAAUAAGAUCCAACAUGCAGUUAUGUUGCUAGGGCAUGCCAGAGUACCUUACGGAUCCUUCCGUUCUGUUGCUAGGGCAUGCCAGAGUACCUUAUGGAUCCUUCCGUUCUGUUGCUAGGGCAUGCCAGAGUACCUUACGGAUCCUUCCGUUCUGUUGCUAGGGCAUGCCAGAGUACCUUACGGAUCCUUCCGUUCUGUUGCUAGGGCAUGCCAGAGUACCUUACGGAUCCUUCCGUUCUGUUGCUAGGGCAUGCCAGAGUACCUUAUGGAUCCUUCCGUUCUGUUGCUAGGGCAUGCCAGAGUACCUUACGGAUCCUUCCGUUCUGUUGCUAGGGCAUGCCAGAGUACCUUACGGAUCCUUCCGUUCUGUUGCUAGGGCAUGCCAGAGUACCUUACGGAUCCUUCCGUUCUGUUGCUAGGGCAUGCCAGAGUACCUUACGGAUCCUUCCGUUCUGUUGCUAGGGCAUGCCAGAGUACCUUACGGAUCCUUCCGUUCUGUUGCUAGCGCAUGCCAGAGUACCUUACGGAUCCUUGCCUUUUGCAUUCCCUCCUUUAUUUUUGUAAUCUGAGUGAUAUCUGUCAUAUCUUCCUUCAGACUGAUCUUGAGCCAAUGAUUAUAUGAUGAAUUGAUGCUGAUUUAGUUUUCUUAUUUUGUAAACUAUACAUUACCCAGUGGUGUUAUUGACCGAGUGGUAUGAGAUAUCUUUGGCACCGCUGGUGAUGAUCACCAUCUUGUCAGUCAGUUUUGCUGUCUGUCACUGGGAACAAUCCCUCCUAAAUGUCUCCAGUUAAACAACCCACUACAGCUAGCCCUGAUGGGUUCUGUGCAGUUGGUCCUACAGCAUUACAUCAAAUUACUUUGAGGUUGGUUGAAGUUCUCUCUAUGGGGCUGUCCCAAUAUCUAAUUUCUCCCAAAGUGUGCACUUGUUCAUGCCUUCCCACAUCUAGAUAUGUAUUUGGCAUGGGCUAGUGGGAGUUUCCACCAUAUUUCGUAUACUAGUCAAUUCCUUUCAAAUCUGUGAAGGGAUGUUAAUUGCCAGGAAGGGACAUUAAUUGGAAGGAGAGAAUUGGGCCCUUAUGUUUGUCAGAUUGGCACAGUGGGUAGAAAAACAAAUGAACAAUGUAUGUGACCAUGAUAUGGAAUCUAACAUUUGUAUAUUAAAUAUAUGCUGUAUUCUCAUUUAACUAGGCAAGUCAGUUAAGAACAAAUUCUUAUUUACAAUGACGGCCUAGGAACAGUGGGUUAACUGCCUUGUUCAGGGGCAAAACAACAUUUUUACCUUGUCAGCUCUGGGAUUAAAUCCAGCAACCUUUCGGUUACUGGCCCAAAGCUCUAACCACUAGACUACCUGCCGUCCCGUCUAAUUGUUACUUAAUUGAGGUUGAGAAUUAAGAAUCGAUUUGUAGUUUUUCCAGACUACUUGAAGACAACCAUCUGGAAAUACAUUGAAACCGGGUUGUUUUCCCUGUGUGAUAAAAGUGUUGAUGAUUGGGGGAAGUGGAAUGUUGUGGCUGUUGAAGAUGAUUGGGGGAAGUGGAAUGUUGUGGCUGUUGAAGAUGAUUGGGGGAAGUGGAAUUUUGUGGCUGUUGAAGAUGAUUGGGGGAAGUGGAAUGUUGUGGCUGUUGAAGAUGAUUGGGGGAAGUGGAAUGUUGUGGCUGUUGAAGAUGAUUGGGGGAAGUGGAAUGUUGUGGCUGUUGAAGAUGAUUGGGGGAAGUGGAAUGUUGUGGCUGUUGAAGAUGAUUGGGGGAAGUGGAAUGUUGUGGCUGUUGAAGAUGAUUGGGGGAAGUGGAAUGUUGUGGCUGUUGAAGAUGAUUGGGGGAAGUGGAAUGUUGUGGCUGUUGAAGAUGAUUGGGGGAAGUGGAAUGUUGUGGCUGUUGAAGAUGAUUGGGGGAAGUGGAAUGUUGUGGCUGUUGAAGAUGAUUGGGGGAAGUGGAAUGUUGUGGCUGUUGAAGAUGAUUGAGGGAAGUGGAAUGUUGUGGCUCUGAGUGCCUUUUCAAAAGUUGACUUACCAGAGGAAAAAGGAAAGGUCUAAUGUACUUAUUUGAAAUUGUGUGAAUGUUUAUGAGUCCUAUAAAUGUGUUCAAUAAAUCAACAGAAUAAUAA